AUGAAACAUACAUUUUCAACACUUCCCAUUUAUUCCAACAAUUCAUGCAAAAAUAGAAGCGGAACGGUUGCUUUACAUUUAAGACUGAAUCAGAAGAAACUACGCACGGCAGAAUACAUACAUCUUCCAGACGAAAUCAUAAAUGACGAAAAUAUUGACGACAUUGGAACAAUGGUAAUUUCACCUUCAUCUUACAUAGGAAGUCCGAGACAUAUGCACGAAUACACUCAAGAUGCCAUGACCUACGUAAGAAAAUAUGGACGACUUGACCUCUUCAUAAUAAUAUUCACAUGCAACUCAUCGUGGCCAGAAAUCAAAGAACAGCUAAAAUACGGACAAGUCGCCAUGGAUCAACACGAGAGGUUUGUUUUGGUUCAUGUAGAGAAUCGUUUUGGGGCAGUUCAUACAGGCGCAGAAAGUUUUUUGCGUUUUGAUUUUUCCAGAAUCAGUUCCGAAUUUUUGAUUCGCUGUUUUGGUUUUUGCAGUACGCAGUUCGGAACUGUUCUGAAUCAUUCUGACGGUCCACCCGUGAGUAGAGAUUGUUUGAGAAUUAAACAGUUCGCACAUGCGUAG